UAUCGAUUCUCUUCGAAUUGGCUGAACUUUUAAAAUUAGCUGCUGUAUGGAUUGAAUUGAGUCCACUCGCCGAGUUAGGGUUCCGAAACAAUGUCCACAUCGAGCUCUCCAAACCGAUCUUCGUCCGAUCACAUCAUCGAUACGUCGCCGUUGUUGAGCCCCGGUGCGAACAGCGACGGGGAUCGUGGCCGACGAUAUCUCCGCCGGCAGAGUUUGCGCGAGGCGGCGCGGUUCCUCCGGCGAGCUAGCAGCCGGCGGAUGAUGCGUGAGCCGUCGAUGCUGGUGAGAGAGGCCGCGGCGGAGCAGCUGGAGGAGCGGCAGAGCGAUUGGGCGUAUUCGAAGCCGGUGGUGGUUCUCGAUAUGAUAUGGAACCUCGCGUUCGUCGUCGUCACCAUAGUGGCCCUGGUUCUGAGCCGGCACGAGUCGCCUUCGGUGCCGCUGAGGCUUUGGAUUGUAGGGUACGCCCUUCAAUGCGUGCUUCAUAUGAUUUGCGUGUUGGUGGAGUAUCGGAGGCGGCGGAGGCGGUUAGACACGGCGGAGGGGGUUGUGAGCGGUGAAAAUUUGAGUUCGGGUUCGCAAGGGGAUGCGAUUCAGUACGUUUCAUUGGCUCAUCUUACCGAUGACAGUACCCGUAACGUGGCUAAGCACUUAGAAUCUGCAAAUACAAUGUUCUCGUUUAUCUGGUGGAUGGUUGGAUUUUAUUGGGUAUCUGCUGGUGGACAAUCGGUGGCUAGGGAAUCUCCACAGCUUUACUGGAUUUGUAUAAUCUUUUUGGCUUUUGAUGUCUUCUUCGUUUUCUUCUGUGUUGCUCUGGCAUGCGUAAUUGGUAUUGCUGUCUGCUGCUGUCUUCCAUGUAUCAUUGCGAUCUUAUAUGCCGUGGCAGAUCAGGAAGGAGCAUCCAAAGAAGUUGUUGAGCAAAUUCCAAAAUACAAAUUCCGAAAAGUUGGUGAUAUUGCUAAGCUUGACGGGGAAGUCCAAGGACCUUUUGCAGGAGUGAUGAGUGAGUGUGGUACAGAUAUGCCAAAUGAACGCUCGGUUUUGCAGGAAGAUGCUGAAUGCUGCAUAUGCCUUUCUGCGUAUGAUGAUGGAGCUGAGCUUCGGGAACUUCCAUGUGGCCAUCAUUUUCACUGUGCCUGUGUGGACAAGUGGCUCUGCAUCAAUGCUACUUGCCCCCUCUGCAAGUACAACAUUUUGAAGAGUGGCGACGCUGGUGGGGAGGAAGUAUAGAAUGAAGCUAGCUUCCUAGGUUUCAUGCCAGGCUCAUCUCUGGCUGUGUUGCUUGAGCUUUGAUGUUUCCAUACCGUUUAAGCACAAUACAAGGUCUAGUUGUUUUUUCAGUUAUCACCAUGAUUGUCAGACGGGGCAGUGGUUGUCCAGAUGCUGCUUCUGACAUGGUCGGGGUGUAUGUAUGUACGUAUGUAUGUAAUGUAUGUUGUUGGCUGGGUCAAUCACCAUCCUUUCAAACUCUAGGAUCAUUUUCCCUUUGUUCUCCUGUUUGUUAUAAUCUAGGUUGUAUACUGUAAAAAUGAUAACCAACUGUUGGUGACAACUUACUCCUGUAUCUGAUUUACCUUCUUAUGAAGUUGUGUAGUUGCACAUUUACUGUUC